AUGAAGCAUGAGGAAAUUUAUGACCAUUCACGAAAUGCCCAAAAUGGAGAUGCAUCCAUUAAAACGGAGAUGACAGACGAUAAGAAUGAUUCGAACAUGAACGGAGUUCGAUACGAUUAUGUAGGUAAAGCAGUUACGAAUGGAAGCUACGAUGCGGCAGAUGUGAAGACUAAUAACUUCCAUGCAGACAGCAGUUUUAGCAAUAAGCUAAUAUCCACAAUAGAAAGUGAAAAUAACCUGAACGAGGAAUACAAAUAUGGAUACGAUAAUGAAAUUUUGGCUAGCCACGAAAUACAAGCCACUUCAAAAGUAAUGAAAAGUAAAAAUAUGAGUGGUGUGGAAAAUGUUUCCCCUGAUAGUAAUGUGAUGGAUACCAAUCUGGUACUAAUAGAGGAAGACGAAUCGGUAGGGAUUAAUCAAAAUGGAAGUUUUCAAAAUGACGAUAAUAUAAACACAGAAGAUAAGAUAAACAGUAACGGCAUGGAGAGGAUGAGUGAUGUCAGAAGCGGUAGCAACAGUUCUGCAGUUAAUGAAGUUUAUAGGGACAAGAUUAAAACGGGUUCUUCCCACACCUUGUCGGAGUCCAAUAUGGAUGUGGAUGGAAGACAUACCUACAUCAGCACCCAACGUGGUUAUGCUUAUGAUGAUUCUGUUUCAAAUCAGUAUUAUGGCAAGAUGCAGUAUAAAGAAAUGAAGGAAGGUGUGAUGGAGCACCUCUAUUUUGAUAAAAGAGAGAAGGAUGAUGAGGGGGGGGUCAGUGGGUGUGGCGGGGUCGACGCCGAUUUUGAUGCGGUUGAAUCGGAUAUAAAUUUCUACGAUCAACAGGGAUUAGGGUUGGCAGUGCGGGACGGGAGUUGUCUCGACCCUGGGGGGGGCAAAAGUGACCACAAAAAUGGCCACAAAAGUGAGAUCGGGAGCGACUAUCACGACGCAGCCAGCACGCCCAUCCCCCCCGUUCCUCCCGAAAAUACCGCGCAUUACGAAGCUGAUGAGAAUUACUACCAAAAUUAUGAAGCACAAAAAAGUGUAGAAAAUUUUGAGCAGGACAUUUCAGACGUACUCCCCUCUGCUAAAAGUGAACACAGUGAAAAAAAGACUCUCCCAAAUUUCGAAUCCAAUGCGAUUAAGACACAUGGUCCAGGAGGAAUUAUUGCCAUGCCUAAUCCAACAAACACACAACUGCACAAGGAUUGCAGUUACGAUAGUGGGUUAUACGGAGACGGCAGUAAUGCAAGUCUGAGUGUCAAACCUUGUGAAAACGAUAUGCAGGGUGAAGAUAAAAAUGGAAAUGGAGAAGAAGUUUUAGAUGAUGUUACGUGGCAGGGUCACAAAAACGACAAGGAAGGAGGCAGCGCGGAGGGAUACCAAGUGAAAACAAAUAUAGGCAUAGCUGCUGUGGAUAAAGAAAGUGACUGUAUAAAGGGGAAUCAGUCGAAUGAGGGGGGUCCUCCUACUCGUGCAGACCAUGACAACGUGGCCAGCACAAUUAUGAAGGAGGUCACUGUAGAAUGUGAUAGUGGUGAACAGGAAGACGGUGUAGAUAACGCUAUUAUGUCACUUUUCGAAGAGGAUAAAUUAGAUGGAGGCGGCGAAAAUGGCCAUCUCGCACAUGACGGAGGAGUGGAAACGGGGAACGAGUUCCAAAGCAGUGAGGAAAAAGUAGUUUAUGAGAAGAGCGUGAAAAAGUGCGCAAAUGAAAAGGGGACAGAGGAUGGAGAUAAUUAUGGGGCGAAGAGUGCGGAAGAUGUGCUUGUGAAGAAAACUAUGCAUAGUUCCAUUCCAAGCGAAGGAAGUAAUAGGGAGGAGUUUUACAAUGGGGUGAGUGUUGGUGCUCCGGUAAACGUGGAAAACGAUUUGGGAGUGAUGAGGACAAAAUCCUCCAGCGAUGAUGCACAGCAGAAGGGCGAGUACGACUCAAAUGUGACUACUGUGAAUAUCCCGCCGAAGGAGAGCAGCCGGGGGGAGAGUGGCCAUGGGGACAGUGCCGCCAAGCAGGAGCAGGAAGGAAUGACAGGCCCAAAUGGACAACCCGUGAAGAGUAAGGACAAUUCGAGCGAAUUCAAAGUGCAUACGCCUAGCAACACAAACGGGAAUGAGAACAAGGGGGGGGUGUACUCCUACAUGAAGGGAAGCAACACCAUGGAUGACACGAUCACUAGCACGGUAAGUGAUAAUGCAAAUGAAUACGAAUUGGUGGAGGAUGGUAGUGAAGAGAAGAACGAAAAGGCAUACCCCAAAAUUGAGUCUGAAAAUGUCCAAAUGGAAAGUGCCUACUACACCAUGGCAAAUAAUAAUAAACGACGAAGAGAUUGUUUCGCCGAUGAUGAAAUAAACAAGGAAAGAAAAUUAAACACUCAAAAUACAUCCCUGUAUGGACCGCUCUAUGCAUCCCCUGAGGAGAAUGUAAAUAAAACCUUCAUCGUACAUACACAUGGCGAAUCGUAUGAGGAACAGAAGGCAGAGAAGACAAGCUACGAAAGUUGUAGCAAAGGUGAGCAAUAUGUUAACCCUCAACAAGAAGGUGAUCAAAAUAAAGCGGAGGGAAAUUUUGUAAAUUAUUCAAAGGAGAAUCUUGGGGGGGUUAUUUUCAUUAACAGGGAUAACAUGAUUAGCAGUGAUCACUCAUAUGACAAUGGACAGUCCUUUAUGAAUAAUGGAACAUAUGACAACACCAAUGUAGUUGAAACAGUUGUCCACGACAAUGUAGACACUAACGGUACAUAUGUACCAAGCCUCUCACAACCCAAUGGUCAGGAUUCUGAUCCUAAUUGUAAAGCAAAUAUAACCCAUAGUUUUAAUGACGCAGAAAUUAAGAAUAACACAAAUGGUUAUUCACAGCAUAUUCAGGUGUCAGUCAAAAGUGUGAAGGACAACUGUGAUGAGUAUGUGGAUAUGGACAAGGAAAAUAAUAACCUGUCUGAUGAUGGUAAAAAUUCUAGUGAUGAUAAUAUUGAAAAAAAAGACUCAAAUCAGUUUGAGGUAAAUGAUAAGAAGAAGAUUAAAGCGGACAGUGAGACAUUAUUGCCAAUAGCUAAUAUAAGCAGAAUUAUGAAAAGGAUUUUGCCGGCAUCUGCUAAGGUGGCCAAGGAGAGCAAGGACAUAAUACGAGAGUGCGUCACGGAGUUUAUACAGUUUCUGACCAGCGAGGCCAGCGACAGGUGCCUGAGGGAGAGGAGAAAGACCAUCAGCGGCGAGGACAUCUUGUUUUCCAUGGAGAAAUUGGGAUUUAACGACUACGUUGAACCUCUUUAUCAGUACCUCACUAAGUGGAAGCAACUCAAAGGAAUGAACAACUCCAGCAACAGCCAAGAGAAGAAGUGUGAAAGUUCGAAUCAAUCGCUCGAGGAAAACACCACAAUGAACAAGAGCCUGAGCGACGUUAACAUGAACAACAAUACAAUUAUGGGCACGGGAGCAGCAGACAAUGUCAUGCUGACCAAGGGCACCGACCGUUUGAUGAGCAACAUGUAUAGAAACCCGAACGAAAUAUUUGAAAACAAUGUAAACCACAUGUAUUAA